CUGUCCAGAAACAGUUGAAAUCAAUUGAAAAUAGUUUUAGAGAUUCUUUAGAUGCUGCCAAACAAGCACUUUGGACUUUUAGAGAUUUACAGAAAGGUGUUGAGCAUUUGGAUCAAAAAAUUAGAAUUUUUAUGGGAACUUUCAAAUAUAGCAAAUCAGAUAGUAUUCAAAGAGAAAUAGAAGCAUUAAGAAUAAAAUGGACUUCAAUUCAGGCAGAAAUAAGCAAAGUUCAUCAUCUUAUUAACAUAGCUAUAGAAUGUUUUCAGCUCAUAGAAGAAGCCAAAGACUGGUUUAAAGAAGGAAGUCAAUUGUUAGUUACUAUUGCGCGAAAAUCAUCAUUGUGUAAGACAACUAAUGAUGCAGAGAGAUUAUUAAAAGAAGUUGAAGAUUUUCUCUCAACAGGCAAAAUUAAACAAGAAGAAAGAUUUUAUAAAAUCUCAAUACUUGUUCUUCAAUUGUUUGAAGGAAAAACUCCUAGUAUAGUUCAGCAAUUGACAAUAAGAAGCAAAGACAUGAGCGAAUCAUUAGAAGUAAUUAAAAAAGAAUUAUAUAGUCUUAUUGAAAAUCUGAAGGCAGCUGAAGAAGAACAAGCAAAAGAAAAGAUUAUUAAAGACAUCAAGGCUGAAGCAUCAAGACAAUUUCAUUCAGAAUUUUCAACAAUUAUUCAUAAACCAAUUGAAAUUUCUGAAAAACAAGUCACAACAAUUCAUACAUCUUCUCCAAAAAUUAUUAGAAAGGAGAUAAUUGAAAGUCCAAAACUUCAAAGACGGACAAUUAAUGGAAAACCUCCCAUAUUCACAGUUCCCUUAAACGAUAGCCAAGUGCAAGAAGGAUCCAAAUUUGUAUUUUAUUGUCAAAUUGAAGCCGGCCAUAAUCCUAUAGUAGGUUACAGAAAUUUAUUCAAAAUAUACAUAAAUCAUUAUUUUGGAUAG